ACGUCCAGUUCAGCAAGGCCAGCAGCCCCUCCUGAUCCCAUGGCCCUCCCGCUGUCUCUGCUCACUGUCCUGGUGGUGUUCAGCUGUGGCCCCAGUGGAGCUCUGGGCUGUGACCUACCUCAGAACCACAUCCUGCUCAGCAAGGAGAACUUGGCGCUUUUGAGGCAAAUGCAGAGAAUCUCCACUUUGUCCUGUCUGAAGGACAAAAAAGACUUCAGAUUCCCCCGCAAAAUGGUAAAUGGCAGCCAGGUCCAGGAGGCCCAAGCCGUCUCUGUCCUCCACGGGAUGCUCCAGGACGUCUCCGACCUCUUGCUCACAGAGCACGCCUCUGCUGCCUGGAACACCACCCUCCUGAACCAGCUGCGCAUGGGACUCUAUCAGCAGCUGGAAGACCUGGAGCCCUGUUUGCUGCAGGAGAUGGGAGAGGGAGGAACUGCCUUGCCAUCCCAGGGACCUACACUGGCUGUGAGGUACUUGGAGUUCCUUUUUCGCUACUUGGAAAAGAAGCAGUACAGUGACUGUGCCUGGGAGGUUGUCCGAGUGGAAAUCAUGACAUCCUUGUCUUCCAUAAUAACCUUGCAAGAAAGGUUAAGUAACAUGGACUGAGACCUGUGGUCACCUUCAUCCAGGUGUCACGGAUGAAUGUGCCUGAUCACCCCUGCACAUAGGACUCAGACCAUGGGCAAAGGCUCUUCUUUCUGCUUCAGUCACAGAAUGUAUUGAUGUUAAUUGAGCACGUUUUGUCAG